CGUCGCAGAAAAGAACCGUUUACAAUCCGAUCCGCUAUGUUACCGUGAAAAGCUGCUAGACGCACGAAACUUGGUCACGACUCCCUUGGUGAUCAACCUCACCAAACCUCGAGAGCGGACGCAACGAUGGCUUCUGGGGAGGGAGCGCCGCACACACUCUCCCCCACUGCCGACAAUGGCGACAGCUUUCCGCAGUUCCCGCGGGCCGAACGCGGCCCGCCGAGCAUCAUAUCCUCAAGAAUGACCGAUAUUAUGACCGAAGAUGGAGGGGAGUCAGAGGCGCCACGGGGAGCGGCGAGUUAUAGAAGGAGCGCCCUUUACUCGGACGGCACAUCACGUCCCGGAACCGCGAGAACUGGUAUAUCCCAGAGGAAUCCCUGGCCGCCGGGGUCAUCUUUGCGCCGCGGACCGUCGGGAAAGCGAACAAGCAUUGCUGGUAGCGUUGGCAGCUCAUCCGUCGGCACCCGGCCGGCGAGUUCGAUGAGCCGAAGCCACGUCCCGACUCUCACAUCGCACGCCUUCUUCCGGCCCAUGAGCUCCCAGAAACUUCAAGCCCAGCGGGGCAUUGGCAGGCCGACGACGAUGUGCCGACAGGUUGGCUUGCAGCUUGAUGCCGGCGGGACCAACCGCGACAGCAUGGUGUCAGACCAGGAUGCCCGUACAGCCAUACACGCUGGCGACCCAGGAGAGAUGCGACCGCCGCCUUCCAGGGGUACCGAGUUCACCGAGCAGGGGACAUAUGACCGCGUGACAACCACCACAAGCCCGACUCAGGGCUACCAUCCCGCCUUGAGUCUCACCGAUAGCGUUCGCCCCCUGCAGAAGAAGCCGGAGGCGGCGAGGAACCUUACCCUCGACAUGAGCAAGACGUACAACAAGGCCGGGCCGAACGUCUCGACCCCUGUCCGCACCCCGCAUUCGUUGCGAUCCAGCUUUCUCAUGCCGAGAAUCGAGUCAAGCAGCGGUAACCGCGAGAUGCAGGGCGGAGAGAAGCUGGAAUCUCUAGCCUCCUCACCUCAGCUGCCGCCCAGUACCGGAGAUGGCAAGGCGGCCCCAGAACGCAAGUCCGCCGCCCGACCGGGCCGCAACUAUGAAUAUUUCCUGGGCAACACGGUCUUCUGUCUUGGAGGCCGAUUGCAGAAUACCAGACAACGGCCGGUGAAUAUCGCGACGGGAGCGUUUGUCAUUAUUCCCGCCAUUCUCUUUUUUAUUUUCUCGGCACCGUGGCUAUGGCACAACCUGUCUCCAGCGAUACCCAUCACUUUCGCCUACAUGUUCUUCAUCUGCUUAUCCUCCUUCAUUCACGCGUCCGUCUCUGAUCCAGGGAUUCUGCCUCGAAAUAUACACAGAUUUCCCCCCCCGGACGAGAACGAGGAUCCCCUCCGACUGGGCCCUCCGACGACCGAGUGGGCUCUGGUCAAGUCCUCCGAUCCCGCAACCGCAGCGAUGGAGGUGCCCACCAAAUACUGUAAAACAUGCAACAUCUGGCGACCUCUUCGCGCCCACCAUUGCCGGAUGUGCGAUAACUGCGUCGAGACUCAGGACCAUCACUGCGUCUGGCUCAACAACUGCGUGGGCCGCCGCAACUAUCGCUAUUUCUUUACCUUCAUCAGCAGCGCCGCAUUCCUUGGGCUUUACCUCUCUGGCGCGUCGCUGGCGCAGAUCCUCGUGUACGCGCACCGUCAGGGCAUCUCUUCUGGCGGUGCCAUCAACCACUUCCGCGUCCCCUUUGCCAUGGUCAUAUACGGUUUCAUCGCUUUUCUCUACCCUGCCGCGCUCAUGGGGUACCACGUGUUCCUCAUGGCCAGGGGCGAGACCACGCGCGAGUUCCUCAACUCCCAAAAGUUCAUCAAGAAGGAGCGGUACCGCGCCUUCACUCAGGGUAGCUGGUGCAAGAACUGGCACGUUGUCCUGUGCCGCCCGCGUCCUCCGACGUACUACCAGUUCAAGAAGACGUAUUCGGAGGGCGACCAGCGGCUAGGUUCACACCGCCGGGCCCACCGUCCUGCCCGGCGGGAGAUAGACCUGAAUGAGGGCGUCGAGAUGCACAAUGUCAAGCCACAACCGCGGCAGCAGCAGCAGCAGCCGCAGACCGGGUUUGCUGGGCCGGUUCAGAUACGGAAUGGGGCCAACUCAUAACCCGAUAUCUCAUUUCCUUCCACCUCUGUACACUCAUUUGACUCUACCUUUAAUUUCUUGUUUUUCUACCUAUUUUCUUUCCGCGCCCGUGAUGAGUUGUCAGCAACGGCGUUUCGCGGUUAAUGGCUUGAACUAAAAUUAUUAUAGACUCGGCGGUGUGGGCACAACACC